AUGGGUGAGUGUUCCAUGUAUACAAAGAGAAUACAAGGGCAGAAAGCGAUGCCAUUUGUAGGCCUUUACGCAGCAGCUGCCUCCACCAUCUGCUCCAUUGCAAUGCUCCUUAACUCCAUUUACAAACAAUUAUCUUUCUACAAACACAGCAAGACCUUCCACUUCUCAAGCAAAUACUUCGCUCUCAAUGCAACUUGGCUCACGCUAUUAGCCGUGGCAACCAAGCUCACAGGCGAUCUCACAACCCAGAUGCCCUCACCCAGAGAUAACCUCACAAAAAUCAGUAGCACUGCUUUCUUAACCAUGGCGAUGGGUAAUUUUUUCACCACACUGGCUUCCAUGACUGAUAAAGAUAUUCUAAUCAAUGUCACUGCUUUGGGCAUAUUGGUAACCACUGUUCUUGUCAAUCUAUGCAUCCAACUAAGUACCCAUGUACUCGAAUUCUCAUUAUUUCCCAAAAUCAUACUUAUUAUGGUUUUGCUGGUUUGCUCGUUCAUAACAAUUGUGUGUUCCGCUCUAGCAGUUCCAGCAAUUAAGAAACGCUCUGAAUCUAAGUAUCAGACUAUUCAUAAUCAUAUACAGUUAUUGGAAGGGCAACAACGCACGGUUGAAGAGAUGAGAUUGAGCAUUACAAAGUAUUGGGUGAUGGCAGCCUCUGCUAGCCCCCAAUUUAUGAUGACAAGGUUGGCGACCUUCAUUUAUGUCGGGUGCAUCUGUCUAUUGUGUUCUUUUGUUUAUGAUUUAGAACGGCUUCUCAUGGAUGAUGCAUUUGAUAAUUGGACUUCUCACUGUCAUCAGGAAUCUGAUUAUAAGUGGUCAGUAAAAUUGAUUCUAUUCUCUCAAUAUUUUCCCAUUCUAGGAAACCUAGAUUGGUACAUUCUGCUCCGUAUCUUGUGUUCUAAGUAUGAGAAUAAUGGGAUCAAAAUCAAUAUAAAAGAAUUCAUCAUAGAAUCCUAUUGGACUGAAAAGCUGGUGGAAUGGAGACAGAGUUCAAUACCUGUGAGGAUUAAUAGAGGCAGGGUUAGAAAAUUUGUCCACGACAUAAAAGCUUCGAUCUUGACACUCUGCAUUAGACUCCAGACCGUGGUUGUCAAGUGGUGCAAGUUCAGUUGUGUUGUCUUUUAUUACACCAUGCUUCCAUCUCUAUUUAUCAUAUAUCAUUUAGAAAAAUGUAUCGUCCUUAGGGGCUCAUCAUCAGAUGAGAUGAUAGAUUAUAGCUGCUAUCUUAUACUACUUGAAGGAAAAGAAAAAGAAAAAUUCCCAGCAACAUUCUUGAGAAACAUUGUUGAUUCGGUGGAUGUACAUAUUGAGAAGGGUAAGAUGAAGCAGCCAAACAAACUCUUCGAUCUUCUCAAUCAAAGUUUCUCCUUUGACGGGGUGAGAGAAUUUGAUAGUAACCAAGUUUUAAGUCUAUUAUAUGACGAACUUCCUAAUUGUUGGACACUUCCAAUAGUGACAUUAACAAGCAUCGCCAUUACACUUCCAAACAUCGAAAGCCAGCAUGUUGAUUGGUUGGUAAGUAGUGUUGACGAAGGCCUCCACUAUGCACGCCUUAUAGAUGCCUUGGAUGAGAAGCAUUACUUGAAAGGCAUAAAAAGUGCAGCAGAUGUAGUGUGGGUGGGAGUUGAGCUUCGCAAGAUGUGGUUGGACGUUGAUCUUGAGAGAAAAGCUACUGGCCAAGUAAAUUCUACAAAGGAGAUUAUUCAAGCUCUUUCUGUUGAAGCUAAAAGGAUUGUCAUGGAGUUUUGGUGUGAGGAAAAUCCUCUCUAUUGGCCUGCAAAUGUCUUAGCGGCUAAUUCAAUGUACAGGGUUAGCAAUACCAUUCUGCUAUGCUAUGAAAAUGAUGAGUGCCGACCUGAAGAGGUUUUUCGAAAGUUAAUUUGCAUGAUUGCAGACAUAUUGGCGGCUUGUCUUACCAAUUUGUCGCAUUUGAUAGCUACCAAGUGCAGUUGCAAUGUCAUAGAGCAAAGGGAGAAAAAUGUUCGUGAAGCAGCUAUCCUUCUGGGUGAAACUGAGAAUAUCUUGAAGCAUUUCAAAUAUCGCCAACUUACACGCAUUGGUCCCGACCAUCCAUUAUACAUUGAUGAUUGGCGUCGAUGGAUGGAGAGACGAAUCCCAACAAUUUCAACUUCUGCAACACACAAUGGAACACUCUCAACUGUUUAG